AUGGGCUCUGAACUUGGCAUCACGGCCGAGACGAAGCCAGAGGCCCGCCUCAAUGGCCUCGGCAUCUUCUACCUGACCUUGGCCGCGGUGUGGACUGUUACCCUCUUCGGCGGCAUGUACUACCUCUGGACGAAGCGCAAGACGCAGAUUCUGCGCAUCCGCGGCCUCCCCAUAUCCUUUGCCGGCAUUCUCCUCAUGCACGUCUACUGGCUCUGCGUGGUGACGGGCUACGUCUACGCCCCUCUCAUGGCCGAGGUCAUCGAGUACUGGAUCAUGGGCCUCUGGCUGCCGCUCGGCAUCGCCAUGUUCCACGCCUCCAACACGCGCUUCCUCUACGUGGCCAACGCGCAGAAAAAGUACGCCAAGCGCACGGCCGAGCCGUACCGCAUCUUCACGCGCCGGCCCGGCCGCAUCUCGCUGCGCGAGUCGGUCAAGGUCUGGUGGCAGCAGCUCGACUACAGCAACAAGACGCUCGCGACCGUGGCCGUCGGCAUGAGCCUGCACGUUACGCUGACCGUCUUCAUGUUCCUCAUCUCGCGCAAGUUCCACGACUCCUUUGGCAUCGACGGCACUGAGGUCACCGGCACGCCCGCGGAGCGCAAAGCCGCCCAGGGCCGCGGCUGGGAGUGGUGGCCCUCGGUCUUCUGGCAACUCUUCUGGGCCUGGGUUGUGGCCCCCGUCAUCCUCUUCCGCGCGCGCAAGGUCCACGACACGCAGGGCUGGCGCCUCCAGACCAUCGGCUGCUGCCUGUCCGGCCUGCACGCCGCCCCCAUGUGGCUCAUCGCCCUCUACGCCCCGGGCAUGGAGCCCGUCAACAACUACUUCAUCCCGCCCAUGUGGAUCGCCGUCUCCAUCAUGUGCCUCGAGAUCUUCACCGUCUUCAUCCCCAUCUGGGAGGUCCGCAAGGCCCGCAACCUCAGCCAGGAGACGCUCGAGUCCAUCGCCCGCUGGGAGUCGCGCCAGCGCUUCGGCGGUGGCGCCGGCGGCAAGGACGCAAAGUCGAUGCACUCGGAGAUUUCCGGCACCACCUGGGCCUCGCGCAUGUCCCGCGCCGCGUCCUCUGUCGGGUCGGGCUCCGGCGGCUCCAUCCUGACCAUGGACGCCCUCGAGCACACCCUCGAGAAGAACCCCGAGCCGCUCCAGGAGUUCUCCGCCCUCAAGGACUUUUCCGGCGAGAACGUUGCCUUUCUCAUGCGCGUCCGCGAUUGGAAGCUCGCCCACAACAUCAGCACGGCCAAGAACCUGGGCGGCAGCAGCAGCGGCAGCGACGAUGAAAAGUCGCCCGCCACCCCGACCAGGGUCACCUCGCGCGAGAUGUUUGAGGGUGCGCUGCACAUCUACCUCGACUUCAUCAGCGCCAGUUGCGCCGAGUUUCAGAUCAACCUGUCGUCGCCCGACUUCCGUAAGCUCGAGGCCGUCUUCGAGGAUGCCGCGCGCCUCGUCAUCAACGAGGAGUCGAGCAAGUACGACCCUGCCACGCCCUUUGCCGACUCGCCUCGCAGUGCCGCCGACAAUGCCGCCGCCGUCAUCCGUUACGCCGGCGCGAUUCCCGACGGCUUUGACGAGAACGUCUUUGCCGACGCGGAGAUUAGCAUCAAGUACCUCAUCCUCACCAACACCUGGCCCAAGUACAUCCGCCAGCGCCGCUCCUUUGAUGCCACCAGCAACGCCGAGACUGUUUAG